GACCCGGGCAGAAUCAAGGAGGUGUCUGAGAGUCACUUGCCCAGGAAAAACUUCGUUCCUGAGUGGCAGCACCUGCGACCACGCUACUUCGUGAGCGCGUAGGCCCCGAGGAGGCAGGAUCUGGAUAUUUUACCCAGAGCGUUUCUUAACUGAGCACGGGGAGAAUCCUUUUCCGUGGAAAAAUUUCAGUUCUGUGGUAACUUGGUAGCUGGUGUUAGUGGAACACCUGCUAUGUGUUUGCGGAGCCCUUCUACCUGUUUUACAUAGAUUAUAUGAAAUCCUUGCACUAACCGUUAGGUAGCUGUAUUCUUAUUACCAUUUUGCAGAUGUGGGGACCGAGGGGCCUCACAACUCUGGAACUAGCCCGGGGGGUCUCCAGCCCGCAAUAGCUGGGGUCAGCUUGCUGGCAGCCUCCCGCCCCGCCGGGGUCUGCUGCCUCAGCGGUGCAAGGGAUCGGGUCCCAAAUUCAUUUGCCAAACUGAGCCAUAGUUAAUUUGCUUCUCCUUAGAACUUUCCCCACUAAACUGUGAAAUUAAAUUGGGUGAAAGUGAAGCAUAUUGUACAGAAAAGUGCAGAAAUCACAUUUCAGUGAAUUAUUACAAUGUGGGCACCCUUGUAUAACCGUUACUGAGUUUAAGAACAGAGCAUGACCAGCACCCCAGAAGCUACCCGCUUCCCUCAGUUGCUGCCCGGCUCCUCUUCGGAGGUGACUCCUUUCCUGAAUUGUACCACCAAAGGCUCUGUUGCACCUGGAGGAGCCCAGUGACAGGCCAGCAGAUGCUGCUGCCCAGCCCACUUGGCCGACAGUGCCCCAUGCACCCUCAUCCUUUGGUGGCCUUGUGGAAAAGCGAUACUCAACAAAUCCACCUGGAACUAAGAUAAAUGAGGCAGAAAAAGUCUAAUGAUCACUUAAAGACCUCCUGGUUCCGCAGUAUCCUGGAGCUCGAGGCAAUUAUGGCUGAAGGAUUUCAGGAGAUACACGGACUAUGGCAAAGAAGAGAGGAGCAGAGACACUCUUCUUUGUUCUCUUCCUGGACUAUUGGCAAGCCCCUCCUCACAGGUAUCUUAUGGUUGGCGCCUUUCCUACCAGUCUCAGAUGGGAAAACCAAGUCCCUCAGAACUUCACUGCCCGAGAUCAUAAGACACUCAGAGGGUGGACUAGAAACCAAGUUCGGUGCUCUUCCUCCUAGAGCAGGUUCAAAUACUGAAAUUUCAUCAAGUUCAAAAAAUACGGAUGAAGGUUUGGCUAAAAUAUUUGAUGAAAUUCUACAGCAAGUGUUCUACAAGGCUCCGUAUGGGACACCAUUUGAUGAAGCCAGAACAGCAGGCAAAUCAAUUACGAAGAGAGACAUGAAUUCAGAAAUUUUCAUCAAAGGACCCAAUGUUGCUGGGUAUUCUACUGCACCAAGGUUUCUCUUUGGCAGCGUGGACAGAAUUUCUACUAAUGAUCACAAUUCAGAGAAGAGGGAUAAAGAAUCCUCUCUCUCCAACAGGAAUAUGAAUGAACCAUUUACUGCUAUAAAUAAAGAAACACUUGAAGCAGCAGCUAAGACAGAUAUUCCAGAUAAGACCAUACCAUGUGAGCAGCUUCUGCAGUUCCUCCAGAGGAACAUCAUCAUUGGUGCUGGCUCAGUGGCGGGAGUCCUCGUGGUCACAGCAUUGUUGCUGCUGGCGUUGACCAUGUGCUGCAGGAGGAAACAGCAAUCACAUCCUCCAGCGAACAUGACAUAUAAUAUUUUUAUUCUGCGUGGGAAGUCUUGGUGGCAGAAGUUUCAAGAAAAGAACCCCCAAAAGCACAGUGAGAAACAGAAACAGUUGUUGAAGGGCAAGUCCUCUGUCUAAGCCAGCUGGUGGGGCCCGCCAAACCAGGACCGGAAGCUGUGAUGCCAGGCAAUUGUCCACCCAGACACCACGGAGAGGCAUUUGAUUUCUGGCUGUGAGGUGUGCUCCACAAAAUGUUUACCUUCUCCUGUUAGUCUCGAAUGGACCAAGACACGGAUGUUGUACUACAGGGUGCUUAGAGUUUGGUACGGCACUGAUAGCUAGGGCAGGAGAUGCAGCACAUCUGCCCAAACACAAACCUGACCAACUACUAAGUUCUUUAUUUAUUAAAGCAUUGAUUCUCUGA